UCCCGCACUCACAUGACUGGAACAUUCUUCCUGAACACACACAACACAGCAGCGUUAAACUCACUUUUCUACCCUUAUAUUUUAUUAUUUCCGUAUCAUAUUUAGGCUUUAUUGACGGUGAUCGACACACACUGAGGAGAUGUUCGUCACACAGUCUUCAUUCUCUGCAGGUGUCUGCUUCAGUCUCGUUUGUUUGGUUGUAGCUCAUGCUGUGACAUUCGAGGUGAAGGAAGGAAACACCACCUGCAUUAUAGCAGAACUCGAUGCCAACUUCACCAUCGCCUACAACACCACCAAUGGAACGAACAGCGCUGUGUUUAUGUUGCCCGCAUCGGCAGCGGUGGGCACAGGAAGUACCUGCGGCGGCAGCGGCGUUCCUCCCGAGCUGGCGGUGUCGUUCGGUGACGGUCACACACUGUCUCUGGAGUUCUCCAGUGAUAAUAGAGUAUAUUCAGUCGCCAAUCUGAGUGUACAGUACAACCUGAGUGACAGCAGCACCUUCCCACAAUCCACCAGCACAGGACUUGUUUCAGUCACGACGAACGCGCCUGGCAUGUCCGCAAGGUUGAACUCGACCUACAGAUGUCUGAGCGCUGCAGCAGUCAGUCUGGGCGGAGCGGGCGUCACCGUCACCUUCUCUGAUGUUCGGAUGGAGGCGUAUAUGCUUGGAGCAAACCUCAGCAUAGACGAAAGUGUUUGCAGUGCUGAUCAGAAGGCUACAACUGUUGCCCCGACACAAACACCCAGAACAACCCCUGCCCCUGUUCCAACGGGCGACCCGGAGCGCGGCAGCUACAAUGUCACCAACAGCAACGGAACCGUGUGCCUGCUCGCCACAAUGGGACUACAACUGAACAUCACACACCUUUCAAAAUCACAAAACAAGACCGUCAGUGAACUGAUGAAUCUGCAGCCCAACAGAGCAACAGUGACGGGGUCAUGUGGGGUCACAGUCACCACACUGACGCUGACAGAAGAUCAGACCAAUCUCAGCUUCACUUUCACUAUGAACUCCACCACACAGAAGUUUCAUCUGAGCGCUGUGAACGUGUCUGCUGACUGGCCUGACAUGACGGCUCCAUUCUCCACAGCGAACAGUUCUCUGGAGUAUUUCCAGGGCAGCGUGGGCCGCUCGUACAUGUGCAGUUCUAAGCAGAUGCUCGCUGUGACGUCCACAUUCUCCAUCAACACAUUCAGACUCCAGCUACAGCCCUUUAAUGUCACUGGAAACCAGUUUGCUGCAGCGGAGGAGUGCCGCGUGGACCAGGAGAACAUGUUGAUCCCCAUCAUCGUCGGAGCGGCUCUGGCGGGUCUGGUGCUCAUCGUUCUCAUCGCGUAUCUGAUCGGCAGGAAGAGAACUCACGCCGGAUACCAGACCAUCUGAAACAUCCCCAGCGUCAUGUGAUUGGCUGAUUCGGAGCGAGUGAGUUUAUGUGAGAGCUGGUUUAGGAUUGUCAGACUUUUUUCUUACUUGCUCGAGGUCACGAUGCAUCAGUCCAUAUUCGUUCUCUUGUGUGUCACUCGGCUCUCUAGUUCAGUAGUCCAGGAGUCUGUCCCAAUCUCAAACUGGUUCAGACCACUUCAUGUGCUCAAGUCACUUCACCGUGUACCCUUAAUAGUGUUUUUGUUUUCUAAUCUUUGUUUGUAUUUCUGCAUUUAAGGAGUUCUCGUGUUGAUUAUGUUGUGCUCAACACUCGCUCUGUGAAUCAAAACACAAAUAUUCAUCUCGUAUUAAACACCGUUUUCUUUAGAAGUACUUUUCAUUUCUUGAUAUGUUAAAUGUUUUUAAUGAGGAAAAAGACUAUACAAGUAAUCAAUGUUGUUAAUAAAUACCAGCUGUGUUUGUUUUAAUGCUUAACUUUGAAAUCAUGUGCAGAUAAUUCAGUCAGUAGUGUUGUAAUGUUCAGCCCUGCCCUUAGUAGUGCUCAAAUUCAUGUUCACUAUGAACUAGAGAGCUGUAGUGUGUUUGCCCGGGUUCAUCAUGUUUUCAAUUCAUGAUUCACUCCAAAUGAUUCACUCCAACAGAUUCACUUCACCUGAUUCACUCCAACUGAUUCACUCCAACUGAUUCACUCCAACUGAUUCACUCCAACUGUUUUAAUCCUAAUGAUUCACUCCAAGUGAUUCAAUCCAAAUGAUUUAAUCCUAAUGAUUCACUCCAUGUGACUUUAGAAAUGUACACCGCGUAACAGUCAAGAGAAUUCUUUGUUCCUUCAUUUGUGUAUUUCUGAUGCCAGUGUGAACAGAUCUGAACACUGUUUUUUGUUUAUUUGGAUACAGCUGGGAUGUUCAUAACCCCACAUCGAUAAGAACUCUUUAAAGACAUGCUUCAUGUUUGAAAUGUAUAAAUAAUCACAUGUUUCCUGACAACAACAUAAAUGUACAAUGAUGUUUCAUUUGUUAACAAUGAACAGAAAAUGCUUCUUAAAAGGAUAAAAGAUCCUUUAAAUAUAACCAUAAACUCACUUUAGAGAGAAUAAACCUGGAGGAGUUCAAUCUGAAGAUUUGAAUCAGUAGAUUUGAGGAUUGUGUCUGAAAUAUUGACUGGAGAGUUUCAGUUCUUCAUUCAGGGUUUCUGAAGUUUAUUGCAAAUAUUAUUUAUUCCUGAUUAACAAUUGAAUUUCUGUUUGAAUUGUUCUGCAGUGAAAAUCUCUAGAAUUGGAUGUAAUCCAGAUUGUGUCACCGGUCGGCAUUUCUACCCAGGUCACGGUAAACUACACCGAUCAGCCACAACAUUAAAACUACCUGUAUAAUGGUGCCCUCGUGCCACCACAACAGUGCCAACCUGCAU